AUGAAUCCAUACAGGAUAGUCACGGAGGAUCUUUUCGACGGUGAUCCAGAUCCCGAAUACCACCAAGAUUAUCGCGAGGGAAUCACCUCUCCCUUCACCCAAGUCAGCUUCGUCCUACCACUGUGCCUCUGUCUUCUUCCACUCGUCUACCAAGUCCUCGUCCUUUUCGACUACGACCUCCUCCCCAUCCCCGAAUUGCUGUGGAAUUGCCUAGUCUACCUUACGCCCUCGCGACUUCUGGACGCUGUGGAGGAAUACCAAAAUCCUCUGGGGAUAUCGGAUCCGGCACUGAAGCACAUACCUCGAACUCAUGCAGCAAAGAGUCAAGCAAUGCGCCGCGUACUCGGGAUUGACACACCGGGAGGUGUGAUGGCUUCAGUGGCGCAAGCUUCGAGACGCCUUUCUAUAUUAAAUCUGUCGCCGACCGGAAAUGGAAGACCUGCAGGACUUGGGAAUUGGGAUAAUUCUUGUUACCAAAACAGCGUCCUCCAAGGGCUGGCGUCGCUGGAUUCGUUGACGGGCUAUCUCGCAACAUUUAGCAUGGAGAAAAAAUUUAUGGAAGAGGCCAAGAAACCGGAGACGAAGAUGGCAGACGCUCUGCGGGAACUUAUUGCGACUUUGAACGACCCCGAGAACGACGGAAAGAGAAUUUGGACUCCCUCUACCCUGAAGAAUAUGAGCAGUUGGCAACAGCAGGAUGCGCAGGAGUACUUUUCAAAGGUACUGGACGAGAUUGAUAAAGAGAUUGGUGGAGUUGCGAAAAGCGGCGGCGUUGUUCAAGGGCUCGAGUCUGAAAGAUGCAGCGUUGACUCGAAGGACUCGAAAUUCCGAAACCCGAUGGAAGGGUUAUUGGCACAAAGGGUCGGUUGUUUGAAAUGCGGCCAUUCCGAGGGACUCUCGAUGGUACCAUUCAACUGUCUGACCGUGCCACUGGGAAAGAUGUGGAGCCACGAUAUCGUUCAGUGUCUUGAUGAAUUUACGAAACUGGAACAAAUCGAAGGUGUGGAGUGUGGGAAGUGCACGCUACUCAAAUAUCAAAAGUUGCUUUCGACACUCCUUGAGCGUUCAGCUGACAGUAACAUUCAAUCACAGAGUCAGAAAAGAUUGGAUGCUAUUAAUGAAGCUCUGGAAGAUGAUGACUACGAAGAAAAGACUAUUUUGCAGAAGUGCAAGAUAACUACAAAAAACCGAGUAAGUGUCACAAAGACUCGACAGGCCGUCGUCGCCCGUCCUCCACGGUCACUUGUCGUGCAUUUCAAUCGUAGUGUGUUUGAUGAAAUGACAGGCGACUUGAGGAAAAAUCACUCAGAGGUGCGAUUUCCCAAGACCCUCGACUUGGGUCCUUGGUGUUUGGGAAGUGCUGGAACUCAUCCCACAUCUGCCACCGAAGAAUGGCAUCUUGACCCUGAGAAGCCCAUGGUGGCAAGCAGUAUUCGGCGAUCAAGAAUUCGAGGACCUUCAUACGAAUUGAGAGCCGUCAUAACGCACUACGGCCGUCACGAGAAUGGGCAUUAUAUAUGCUACAAAAAACAUGCCGCAGCCGUCGUUCCAGAUGAUGUAGAUGAGAAAGUGGACCAGGAACAAUGGUGGCGGUUGAGCGAUGAUGAUGUGAUGAAAGUUAGCGAAGAGAAUGUUUUGGGUCAAGGCGGCGUGUUCAUGUUAUUCUAUGAUUGCAUCGAACCUGCAGCUCCUGUAUCACCAGAUGAAGACCUUACUCGAAUAUCUGAACUUUCUAACGAAAAACCAACAAUUAUUCGAAUGGAAGAACCCGGAAAUGAUGUCUCGCUUUCACCAGAACCGGCUCGAGACCUGGUACCAACUUCUACGGAGGAAAUAUCACUUGCUAGCACUAUACCGCUCCCUGCUUCUAAUGAAGAUGACUUCUUACAGAGCGAGGUUGCUUCUGAAUUCGAUGACGAAGAAGACGUCACGGAUUCGAGUACGAAAGGGAAUGAUGAUCAACCGUAUGAACCUGUUCAAGCGAUUCUUGUUCGGCCAUACGUCCCACAAACCGGAGGCAAUACAGAGGGAAACCCGCUCGAAGAGGCAACAGGAAAGCCAGUGAUGGUGUAA